AUUCAUCGUCUCUACUUUCUUUGGCUGUCUAGAACAUCGGUCAUCAUGGCAUUGCAACAGCUUCAAAAGGCUGCAGUCGUGAUACGCGAAAACGGCAGCUUCCGCUUCGAAAUCCGCCAAACCCCCAUCCCCUCCAUCCAACCAUGGGAAAUCCUAGUGAAGCUCUCCGCGACGUCCAUCUGCGGGACCGACAUCGCUAUGGCUGCUGGCUAUGUGGGCCCGACGUGCGACAUCUUAGGCCACGAGGGCGUCGGCCGGGUUGUGCGCAUUGGUUCCGGCGUCGACCCAUCAACUGUCAAAGUCGGUGACCGCAUAGGCAUCGCCUGGCUCCGGGACAUCUGCGGUAAUUGCCCGUGCUGCGCCGUCCCUGGGGGCGAGGUGCGCUGUGUCGAGCAGCUUAACUCGGGACGGAAACACGAUGGGACGCUGCAAGAGUAUUGCACUGUGCCGAAUCGGUAUGUGUUGAAGCUGCCUGAUGAGCUAAACAUCCCAGACCCUGUCAUUGCGCCAAUUUUGUGUGCGGGGGUCACGGCUUAUAGCGCGUUGAAGGCGGGCGCUGCUGUGCCGGGGGAAUGGGCUGCCAUUUCUGGCGCUGGUGGGGGAGUGGGGGCGUUGGGGAUUCAGUAUGCGAAGGCGAUGGGAUAUCGAGUGAUUGCUAUUGAUGUUGGGCCGACCAAGGAGGGGUUCUGUCUCGAGCAGGGGGCAGAGGUUUAUUGCGAUGCUCUGGAUACGAAUCUCAAGGAUACGGUACGAGGAUUCACUUCAGGCGCCAUGGCGAAGGCCGUGGUUGUAUGUGCUGGAUCAGGGGCGGCGUAUAGGAGUGCGUUUGACUUGGUCGCCUACUUUGGGACUAUUGUUUGUGUGGGCAUUCCGCCACCAGAUGAACUAAUCAGCGCCCAUCCGCUGCAGUUGAUCGAUAAUGGGAUAAGGUUGAUUGGUUCAGCCGUCGGCACGCGGACGGACACUCUAGAGGCGUUGGAGUUUGUUCGCAGGGGCAUGGUGAAUCCUGCCAUUCAUCUGAGUACGCUUGAUGACUUAAAUGAUAUCUCCGGCAAAGUGGCAUCAACGAUUGGCAAAUACGUCAUUCAAUUUGAAAAGUUUUCCGGGGAGCACGAACAGGAGUAGACGUGGUCGGUCGUUUUGCCUGUAUCUAAAUAUACGUGAGUGCUUCGGCAUUGUUACUGAAUUUUCGUUGAGAUCUCAUACUGUUCCAGUUAUUAGUAAGGAUACUAACAACAAGAUGAUCGCACUUGUCAUUCGACGUUAUCGAGUAAAUAGAUUAUAGCAAGAC